AUGAAGUGGGUUCGUGGAGCAACAAUCGGCCAUGGAAGCUUCGCCACAAUCAGCAUAGCAACGCCCAGAAAAUCCUGUGCUGAAUUCCCUCCACUCAUGGCCGUGAAAUCCUCCAAAGUCUCUUGUUCUGAUUCGUUGAAGAACGAGAAACGAGUGCUUGAUGCGAUCGGAAGUUGCCCGCAAAUCAUUCGAUGUUUCCGUGAAGCACAGAGCGUCGAAAACGGCGAGAAGUUCCACAAUCUUUUCAUGGAGUACGCCUCGGGAGGAAGUUUGGCAAACAGAGUCAAGAGCCAAGGCCGUCGUUUGCCAGAAUCGGAAAUUCGCCAGCACGCAAAAUCGAUCCUAAAGGGGCUUUCAUUCAUGCACGCGAAAGGGUUCGUCCACUGCGAUAUUAAGCCUCAGAACAUUCUCGUCUUCGACAACGGAUCCGUCAAAAUAGCCGACUUCGGGCUCGCAAAAGAGUCGGGCAUGGAACAAAACAACUACAUGAUAAGAGGUACUGCCCUAUACAUGUCACCGGAGUCAGUAAACAACAAUGAGUAUGAAUCGCCCUGUGACGUUUGGGCUCUCGGCUGCACGGUGGCGGAGAUG